UUUCACCCAUUUCAGCUUCUUUCUGUACAACUGUGACCAUGGUUUUCUGUAAAAACCUAGCAAUCUUAGUUCUUGCACUUGCCUUCUGUGUGCAAGCCACUCUGGGAGAAAUGGCAUGCGAGAAUCUGAACAAGGACUCGUGUGCAUUUGCGGUAUCAUCUUCUAGCAAGCGCUGUGUGCUUGAGAAGCAUGUGCGCAGAAGUGGGGAAGAAACAUACACAUGCCGUACAUCUGAGAUCAUGGCUGAUAAGUUGAAGGACUGGAUUGAAUCGGACCAGUGCAUUGAAGCUUGUGGGCUUGAAAGGAAUGUGCUCGGAAUCUCAUCUGACUCUCUUCUGGAGUCUCACUUUGCCAAAAAGCUUUGCUCGCCUCAGUGCUACGAUAGUUGCCCCAACAUUGUUGAUCUCUACUUCAAUCUUGCUGCUGCUGAAGGUGUAUUUCUUCCCAAAUUUUGUGAAGCACAAGGAGCAAAUGCACGUCGUGAAAUGACUGACAUCAAAAGCUCUGGAUUCGUUGCCCCUGGACCUAAAUCAGGAGGGGUGCUCCCAGCAAAGUUGAUUGUUGCGCCUGCAAUGGCUCCUUAUUGAUUUUCAUAAUAGAUUUUAUACUCAUUAGGGUUUAUUUCACUAUAGCUGCGUGCAUUAAGGCCAUUAGGGUGUGAAUUGUAAUAUAUAUAUAUAUAUAUAUCUCUUGUUUCCACCAAUACAAGAAUCAAUAAGGUGGUGUUUGGUAGUUAGUAAUUGGGAUUUAUGAUCUGUUGCUUGUAAGCUGUUGCAUAUGCAGCAAACAUAGUCACUCUAGUGCAUAUGGUUGCAUUGAGAGUUUGAGAAAUGAAAUAAAAUUAAGGUUCAGUUUGUGUUUAUAGUGAUGCAUGUUUAAUUUGUUGCAAUAUUCGGAAAUGUUUUUUUUUUAUUUUUUUUUGAAAGGUAAAAUGAAUUUAUUGAAAAAAGAAACAGUACAUCACCAAAGGAAGAGGGCUCAAGAAAAGCCCAACUUAACAAAUUACGAAGACAAUCCAAAGAUGACAAGCCCAAAGGCAACAACCCAAUACACAAUUGAGAGCAAUGGACGCCG